AUGGUCUCUCCAUUCAAGUGUCUGUUGGCUUCAGCCCUCGUUGUAUCAUGUGUCGACGCACACGGCUGGCUGUCCAAGCCGGAGGCAACGUUUAGCAAUGAAGCAGGGGAUAAAACACAGUUCAUUGCCACGAUCGAGGCUUCAUCUUCGGGAUUUAAAGGCACUUUUAACACCGCGCCGAAGGAAAACGUGGCCUCUUUCACUAAGGCUUUCGACGCCAGCACGUACAAGUCUCUGAAGGCAUUCAUCGAUGACAAGGCCAAGAUCACCGUUUCGGGUGCUACACUCACAUGCGGUAAUGCUGAACCGGACGCCACUGCGCAGCCCCUACCAGCUAAGUUGGAGUGGUAUCACUCCGAGUCCGAAGGCUUCACGGCUUCCCACGAAGGUCCAUGUGAGGCCUGGUGCGACAACGAGCGCGUGUUCCACGAUGAGAACUGCGCAGCCCACUUUACUACUGCACCCGCUGUAAUGCCCUAUGAGAAGAGGAAGUGUACGUGA